CCUAUCCGGUUGAACUUGUAGCGCACUGGUCGAACGGCACUGUAUAGAUUCCGGAAAUAGCGAUCACCGAAGCGAGAGCGAAAUAAAUCACGUCGUUGUACACCUCCAGUCGAGAGACGAUGAUGAAAAAAGAGUGUGUGAGGAGACAUGCAGUCAAAGCAAAUUCCGGUUAAUGUCUGAAGUUUGAACAACCGUGGCUCUUAAUCGACGACUACUGUAUGAAUCGUGGCGGUGCAUUUAGACUUUAUAUGAUUGGAAAAUACACUAAACGAGCGCCUUGGAGCGGAGUCAGAAAAUGGAUAUAUGAGUUUAAAGCUCGCGCUAAUCCCAUUACCAUUGAACUUCAGGACACAUCAGCAACAGUUAGAAUUCAGUUCGGGCGGACACUGCUGUUUCGUGGAUAGCAACUUGAAUUCCUAUUUACUAGCUUCAAACAUAUGACAGACACACUAACUGUUGACGACUGGAUAUUUCCAUCGAAGGCAUAAGAAAGAACAACUGAUCGGCUUCUACUACUCUCGACACACUUCAAGACGGAUAGGAGGAUCACACGCAAAUAUCUCGAGAAGUGUAACUACAUCAGGUGUACUACCUCACAUCAUGCGCGGAACCAACAGCUGUGUGGAGAAUUAAUGAUACAUAUUGAUUUGACAUAUUUUGAUACAUUUGAUAUUUCAAAUCAUUUGUGAUACAAAUACAUGCAGAUUUUAUAAACACAAACUAUACGCCUAUUUGAGUGCUCUAACAUCCCGAAUUUAGUCUUGAAUACAGGCAGAGUAUACUUUGAUGAAGUGGCGUUAUAUAAGUUGCGAAGUUUAUAGACAAACUAACACAAUAUAUCAACAAUACCCACCUUCCCGCGAAUAUCGAAGUCAGAAAUCGGGAUAAACAAGAAACAAUAUUUUAGAGACUACUCGGACGUAACAUAGAUUUAUGUAACGCUGAGCUCAUUUGUAAUCGCUUUGAUAUACAAUUCAGUAAAAGUUUACUCUUAAUUACAAGGAGUUUAAGGUUCAAGGACGUUAUAUAACACUUCCAUAAUCGAACAUCAUCAUGAAAAUCCUGCGUCGCAGAUGUUUGAAAACUGGUACGAUAUUUCUUAUUACACUUACCGUCUUUGCUAUGACGUUCAUCAUACGUGAGUAUUCAAAAGAUAAGAGAGAGAUUCCUUUUCAUAUGUUUCAUUAUCCUCUGGACAUCAACUUAAGAGAAGUCAUUAUCAACAUCAGCAAAACAGGUAAAACAUCCGUCAAACCUAUCAAUGUGUAUCCGUAUACGUAUGUAAAACGAAAAGAAAAUAUUUGUGAAUCAAAGGAAGAAAUAACACUGUUGUUUAUGAUCAAGUCUGCACCGGGAAAUUUCGAUCAGCGACAAGCUAUCAGGGAAACCUGGGCUAACAGGAAAUAUUUCAAGCAAGAUAUAAUCCGUCAUGCCUUUCUGCUUGCACUAACUACGAAUGCAUCAAUAAAUGAUCGUCUUUCAUUGGAGGAGGAGACGCAUAACGAUAUCCUCCAAAUGACGUAUGUUGAUAACUAUUACAGGAACACAUACAAAACUAUUGGAGGCAUCAAUUGGUGUGUAAAAUAUUGUCCUAAAGCUAAAUUUGUUAUGAUGGUGGAUGAUGAUUUUUACGUUGCCACGGAUUUCCUUUUGGAGUACCUGCACGGACUACCAUCUAGCACAGUUCGCUCUCUCUUUGCGGGUUACGUGUUUGACGAUAUUCCACAGAGAGGCCCAACUCAGAAAUGGUAUAUGCCAUAUGAAGUCUAUCCCUUUGACAAGUAUCCGCCGUUCAUUAGUGCCGGUGCCGUUAUCUUGUCAAUGGAAUUCGUAAAAAAACUCCAGAUUGCUAUCCCAUUUACCAAGCAUUUUAAGUUUGAUGACGUUUUUCUAGCAAUUAUUGUUUAUAAACUCGAUGUGAAGCCGAUAAAUCUUUCAGGAAUCCACAUAAUAAAGCGUAUUCCUUUUGAGGAUGAACAAUUCAACACUACAAUAGCUUCCCAUUUCUAUGCAAAUCCAAAUGACAUGAGGACAGCAUGGUUUUACCAUUUAAAAACAUUGAGUUUCCGUAAUUCGUAAUGUAAAAAAACGUUGUAUUUUACUGUACUUCUUUUAUCCUCCGCUUUCCGAAACAAAUAUUAAGUUGGACCGUCCGUCUGUCACGUUACAGUUUCCUUGCAAUACCUACGCUAAAAAUGGUCUUAUUUCAACCAAAAUUGGUGUGCACAUACAUUUUAACAUGUUUAAGUUCGCUGGUCAAUGUGAUCCUUGCAAAUUUAUGCAUAAUUAAAUACUCGUAACCAUUUUGAUUGGUUUAUUAGUUUCCAUGGAAUAAGUGUGCUUAUAAUGGUCCUAUUUCAAAAAAUGUAUUAUGCACAUACAUAUUAACUGAUAUUAGACUUUAGCAUUUGAAUAAAUGGUCUAUUACAACAAUACAUGUCUUGGUGAUAGUUUUGGCAAAAACCUAGCAGAGUCACCGGUGAAUUUCAAGUAGAUCACAUAAAGACGAUGCUAUCAUUGUAUUUAUGUUUACAUUAAGGAAUUCAUAACUUCUGUUUUCACAUUUCAACCUGUUUACUUAUGUGCUUGUAUUCAAUGUUUCGUUGGAGGUGGAUAUGUAAUCUAAUAAUAACUUGGUUAUCUCCUUUGUUACUUUAGUAUUAUGUCACGUGACUAAGUUGGAAUAAAAAUUCACGUAACGUCAAUUUCUAUUUUCUGAACUAUUCACCUAAGUUUGCUUCGCAAUUUUCAUUGUUUUAUAUGCCCACUGCCACCCCUGACUUCAUCCCCUUUUGAAUAAAAAACAUUUUGCUAAAUGCUUUUCACGUUGGCAUUUGAAUCAAUGCUCUAUUACAACAAUACAUGUCUUAGUGUUAUUUUUGGCAAAAAAAGUUCUCCAUUGUGCUUUAAUUGCAAGUAAAUCGAGUAGAUCACAUAAACAUGACGUUAUAAUAACAUGUUUAAGACUAUGUUUGCUGGUCAUUGUCAUCUGUGCAGAUUUACGCAUAAUUAAUUACUCUUAUACAUUCUAGUUGCUGAGGAUAUGAUUGUUUAUUAAGCUUAGGAAUAGGGACAAGUGAAGCAAUCUUUAUACAUAAUAUAACGUUCCCU